CGGCGCGAGGACGGAGCGAGCGCGUGGAGAGACGAUGGAAGGCAGUCUUGGCGACGAAGACGAGGACGAAGGCGCGCGACAGGACAAGAUGCAGCGGCAGCGGGCGCAAGAGGAGGAGGAGGAGGAGGUCGGGGGGCGUCGGUAGCAGCAGCAGCAGCCGCGGACAUGGAGGCGAUGGUGGCGAUGGACGAGGAGGAGUGCCGCGCGGCUCUGCCAUCGCUGCAGAGUUAGAAGGAAGCGAGCGAUGGCAGUCUAGUUUAGGAAUGGGCUUGUUGUCGUGGGAUCGCUCUCGCUCCUGCUGCUGCUGGUGCUGCAGAGAAGGAGGGGGAGGGCGAGGGAUGGUGGGAACAAACCUAGGGGAGGGGGAGGGGGAGGGCGAGGGCGAGGGGAGGAAGGCUUGAUGAGGAAGGCCAGGCCCACAACAUAUAUGGGAGGCCCUUGAGUCCCGGGGUUCUUGUACAUCUGCUGCUGCUGCUGUUGCAGUCGCAGGCCAAGGCCAAGGCCAUGCUGCACUGCAUCUUUCAUCAGCGAGAAUGACAGAAACCUAGAACUCGGCUUGGGCUGAGGGCUAAAGGAGAUGAGGAUGAGACGGAGAAGAGAAGAUUAGUAGUGUGAGAGUGAAAACCUAUCGAGCAGGGGAGCGGGUUUGGGGGUUGAAAGGAAGGGAAGGGAAGGGACGGGAAGGGUGUAGAAGAAGAAGAAGAAGAGGAGGAGGAGGAAGAAGACCAAGGCUGGGAACCGGAUGAAUGAUUGAUUGAUUGGAUGAGAGAUCAAUGACCGCGUCGAACAGAGCGAGGAUUGGAGAGAGGGAGGAGAAAUCCUUGAAGCCCGGAGGAGUUUUGAUCUGUUCACAAUUCCCGUGGAGUAGGAGACCGGAUGAGUAAUAGUAGCAGAAAGAAGUGAGAUUUUUCACCUGGUGUUAGAUGGUGCUGCUUUCAAGACAUUCUGUGGGUGUGCCGUUUGUUAGUCGUUGAAGAACAAGAGAGUGGAGGCUGAGGACUGCAGCGAAAGAGGACAGGAUGUUCGAGGAGAGAUCAGUUAGGGUUUGGGUUAGUGCGAGGCGUGCAGACCCUCCGCGGCCGCUCUGAGGAGUCGGGCCUGGAGAUGUGAUUGGAAAGGGAAGAAUGAAUCAGAUCGCAGAAGUAGCCCAGUUUUUGGAAGCUCCGGCGGUAGCAAUGGCGGUGGAUAAUUCCACCGCAACAAUGUCGAUAUUGCGACAGGAAAAGAGUGUGGCCAGAGGGGGAGAAAAUGGGGAGGAACAGCCCCGCGAAGGCGGGCAAGAGUCAGUGAUAGUCGAAAAGAAAGGGGAACACGCGGCUGUUUGCAAGUGGACAAUUUCACAAUUUUCAAAGGUUAAAGCACGUGCAUUAUGGAGCCGUUAUUUCGAGGUUGGAGGUUAUGAUUGUCGAUUGUUGGUAUACCCGAAGGGUGAUUCACAAGCACUGCCGGGGUAUCUUUCCAUAUAUUUGCAGGUGACGGACCCACGAGGUUCAUCAUCUUCUAAGUGGGAUUGCUUUGCAAGUUACAGGUUGUGUGUAGUGAAUCAACGUGACGAGGGAAAGUCUAUACAAAGAGAUUCUUGGCAUCGCUUUUCCUCAAAGAAGAAGUCUCAUGGAUGGUGUGAUUUCACUCCAUCUUCGACAGUUUUGGAUUCAAAGGGGGGAUUUGUUGUCAACGAAGCGGUUUUGAUCACUGCUGAAAUUUUAGUUCUGCAUGAAUCAGUGUCGUUUUCCAGGGAGAAUGAGCUGCCAGCAACCGUUGGGCCAGUUCCGGAGGUAUUGAGUGGCAAGUUUACUUGGAAAGUGCACAAUCUCUCUUUAUUCAAAGAAAUGAUCAAGACUCAAAAGAUCAUGAGCCCUGUAUUUCCUGCAGGAGAAUGUAACCUUCGACUUAGUGUAUAUCAAUCAUCUGUGUCUGGUGUGGAUUAUCUGUCUAUGUGCUUAGAAAGUAAAGACACAGAGAAGUCCGUUUUACCAGAGAGGAGCUGCUGGUGUCUAUUUCGUAUGUCCGUACUUAACCAACGGGCAGGUAUGAAUCAUAUGCACAGGGACUCAUACGGCAGGUUUGCGGCGGAUAACAAAAGUGGGGAUAAUACGAGUCUUGGAUGGAAUGAUUAUAUGAAAAUGGCCGAUUUUGUAGCACCAGAGAUGGGAUACCUUGUCGAUGAUACAGCUGUUUUUAGUGCCUCAUUUCAUGUAAUCAAAGAAUCUAGUACUUUUUCAAAAAAUCUAGGACCUGUCGGUGGGAGAGCAAGUGCAAAGAAGAGUGAUGGAUAUCAGGGCAAGUUUAUGUGGAGAAUAGAGAACUUCACUAGACUAAAAGACCUCUUGAAGAAGCGGAAGAUCACAGGACUUUGCAUAAAGAGUCGAAGGUUUCAAGUUGGAAACCGAGACUGUCGGCUUAUUGUUUAUCCUCGAGGGCAAUCACAACCACCGUGUCACCUAUCAAUGUUUCUGGAAGUCACAGACCCGCGGAACACCGCAGCUGAUUGGAGUUGCUUUGUCAGCCACAGAUUGUCGGUAGUCAACCAGCGAUCUGACGAGCGGUCGGUGACGAAGGAGUCACAAAAUCGUUAUUCGAAGGCUGCUAAAGACUGGGGCUGGAGAGAAUUCGUGACUUUGACUAGCUUAUUUGAUCAGGACUCCGGAUUUCUGGUUCAAGACAUGGUGGUUUUUUCGGCAGAGGUCCUCAUUCUGAAAGAGACAUCCACCAUGCUCGAGCUUCCCGAAUAUGAGGUCGAUCCCUCUUCAUCAGCUUCUGUUAAUGAGACUGGAAGGAUUAUGAAUCGCGGGACAUUUACCUGGCGAGUGGAGAACUUCCUUGCUUUCAAGGAAAUCAUGGAGACUCGCAAGAUCUUCAGCAAGUUUUUCCAGGCCGGUGGAUGUGAGCUGCGUAUCGGUGUUUACGAAUCCUUUGAUACACUCUGCAUUUACUUGGAGAGUGACCAGUCUAUUGGGGCUGACCCUGACCGAAAUUUCUGGGUCAGAUACAGGAUGGCUGUAGUGAAUCAAAAGCAUGCAGACCGAACUGUAUGGAAGGAGUCUUCUAUAUGCACCAAAACCUGGAACAAUUCUGUUCUCCAAUUCAUGAAGGUCUCAGAUAUGGUGGAGCCUGACGCAGGCUUCUUAGUUCGUGAUACUGUAGUCUUUGUAUGUGAAAUUCUCGACUGCUGCCCCUGGUUUGAGUUUUCUGACCUUGAGGUUUUGAUAUCCGACGAUGAGCAGGAUGCACUUUCUACUGACCCGGAUGAAUUAUUGGACUCAGAUGAUAGUGAUGGCAUAAGUGGAGAUGAGGAGGAUAUAUUCAGGAGUUUGCUUGCACGGGCUGGUUUUCAUCUCAGUUAUGGUGACAACCCACCUCUCCUGUUGGAUCCUUCGCAGUUACAAAUCACUCUUCGCGAAAAGUUGUUGAUGGACGCAGGGGCUGUAGCUGCCUUCUUAGCAGGUCUUCGAGUGUAUUUGGAUGAUCCAGCUAAGGUCAAACGUCUAUUGCUACCCACCAAAGUUUCUCCUGUCAACCCUGCUGGCGGGAAGAACGCUGGUAGCAAAGGCGAGGCUACAUCUCCAAGUUUGAUGAACUUGCUCAUGGGGGUGAAAGUUCUACAGCAAGCAAUCGUAGAUUUGCUGCUAGACAUAAUGGUUGAAUGUUGCCAACCAUCGGACGGGAAGAAGAGUACGGAAUUUGCAGAAGUCAAAGUUCGUGGGCUUUCUGAGGUCACCCCAGCCCCUAGUAAAAGUGGGGUUGAUUGGAGAGGCGGAGGCGGAAGUGGUGGUGCAGCUCUAGAUACGAGGGAGAAUGGCGUCAACCUUGUAGAUCAACGGCUGGAGAUUGGACUUGAUGGAGUUGCAGGUGCGCAGGCAGUGCAAAGCAGUGACUCGUCGGCUUUGGAUGGGCCGGUGGGAAGGGCUGCAGCUGUGCCUGUGCCUCAGCAGCAUACAGAACCUUCUGCGCAGGAGCCCUCCGCAGCCGAGAACGCUAAUCAUUCCCACAAGCCAAAGUGGCCAGAGCAGUCAGAUGAAUUGCUUGGGCUGAUAGUGAACUCUCUGAGAGCUCUUGAUGGAGCAGUUCCUCAAGGCUGUCCGGAACCUCGACGAAGACCUCAAUCAGCACAAAAAAUCGCCUUGGUUUUAGAGAAGGCCCCCAAGCAUUUGCAGCCGGAUCUGAUCGCUCUGGUGCCAAAGCUGGUGGACUUGUCUGAGCACUCUUUGGCGGCUUAUGCUCUGCUUGAGCGUCUGCAGAAACCUGAUUCAGAGACUGCCUUGAGAUUGCCUGUUCUUGGGGCUCUCAGUCAAAUGGAAGUUGGGAGUGAUGUAUGGGAGCAAGUGUUGCAGCAGGCUCUUGAACUAUUACCGGACUCAACGGAUGAACCUCUUGCAGCAGUAAUGAGUUUCGUAUUCAAAGCCGCGGCUGAGUGUCAGCAGUUACCUCGAGCGGCAAUGGCGGUAAGGGGAAGGCUUAAAAAGCUGGGGCCUGCUGUUUCUCCUCGAGUUCUGGAUGUUGUCAGAAGUACUAUAUGUAGCCGGACAGAUGUGGCAGAAGCACUUCUUAGAGACAUUGACACAGAUUGUGAAUGCAGUGAAAAUGAUAUCAGUUCUCCUGCACCUGCCCUUGUCUUCGUUGACCGAGAUGGAGGUGGUGCAGCUGAGCAUCUACAGGCAGCUGCAGCAGAACAGGUUGCAGCAGCUUGUUGGCGAGUCGCAGACGUGGAUAUUUUGGUCGAAAUGCUAACUGUCCCAUCCCUUAGAAUGGAAGCACAACGUGUGUUUGAGAGGGCGAUCGCAAGGGGAGCAUUUGGGGAGCAAUCUGUGGUUAUGGUGUUAGAGAGACGCCGGUCUCAAAGACUGAUCAUGGACUCACGCUGCACUACGGGCGCUGCUCAGGCCCCAGAUUCUUUGAUACCAGGUGCAGUGAGUUUGUCACUACCAGAUGACGACGACGAUUUCCCAGCUGUGCUAGGUCUCGCUGAGGCCUUGGCACUUUCUCGGGAUACACGCGUUAGAGAAUUUGUUAGUACUUUGUAUGCAGUGAUGUUCAAAGUAUAUGGGGAUGAAGGCUAUCGUGAACGAAUGUUGAGGGGUCUGGUAGAACGUGCAACAAGCAGCACAAGUGGUCCACAUGAAGUUGAGCUUGGCAUGGACAUUCUUACGUUUCUUGUGAGAGAAGAAGAAGGCACUGCGCGGCCCGUUCUGAGUAUGAUGCGAGAGACUGCAGAUCUUGCCAAUGCUGAACGCAAUGCCUUGUGGCAACAGUUGCGAACUUCAGAAGAAGAGAUUAAUCGAGCCCGAACUGACAGACAAGGAGAAAUAAAUCGACUUGUCAGGGACAAGACUUCAUUGUCACAAAGAUUAACUGAGGCAGACGCCGCUCAGGUUCGAUUGAAGGGAGAAAUGAAAUCUGAAGUAGAACGGCUCGGUCGGGAGAAGAAAGAUCUUGCCGAACGGUUUAGAGAGGCCGAGAAUCAACUUGAAUGGGUUCGCUCCGAGCGUGAUGAGGAAAUAGCAAAACUUGCGAACGAGAAGAAAUCCCUCCAAGAUCGACUCCGAGAGUCGGACUCCCAGCUUGCGCAGCUCAAAUCUCGUAAGCGGGAUGAAUUGAAGAGAGUUAUGAAGGAGAAGAACGUACUGGCGGAGAGAUUAAAGAGUGCAGAAUCAGCUCGCAAAAGAUUUGAUGAAGAACUGAAGCGAUUCGCAACUGAGACAGUCACACGGGAGGAAGUACGACAGUCUCUCGAAGAUGAAGUUCGACGGUUAACGCAGACUGUUGGGCAAACAGAGGGAGGAUUACGGGAAAAGGAAGAGCAGGUCAUGCGGUGUGAAGCGUAUAUUGAUGGGAUGGAGGCCAAGUUACACGCCUGUCAGGAUUACAUUCAAACGCUGGAGGGAUCUCUUCAGGAAGAAAUGUCUCGGCAUGCUCCCUUAUAUGGAGCAGGUCUGGAGGCCUUGUCCAUGAGCGAACUGGAGACACUGGCAAGAAUACACGACGAGGGACUUCGACAAGUACGUACCUUGCAGCAACGAAGGCAAGGUGGAGGGGAGCUACUGGUGGUGAAUAUGGAUUCUUUAGGGAAUCACUCACCUCUCCCGCCACCUUUAGGCAUGUAUGGUACACCUCCACCCAUGGCGUUGGGGAUGCCCUCGGCAAUUCCAAAUGGAGUCAAUGUCCAUGGGAAUGGACAUCUGAAUGGGACAGUGGGCCCCUGGUACCCUCCUCCCUGACACUACAGGUUGAAUGAUCACUUCUGUGCAGUUCCAUCUGGUUGAUGGAGCCAUAUUUAACAUUCUGCCAAUGCAAAGCUUGUUCUCUCAGGGUUGGAUGGAUGCAUUGCAGGCUCCGCCAUGAAAUGGUCGGCCUCUGUAUUGACCUUUCUCCCAACAGCUGUGCUCAAUAAUGUUUUCUGUCAAAGGGACCUUCCAUUACGCUGGGAAGGAGUGAUUUGCACUGAAAAAUUCCUGGGUGUUUUGAUAUCUCUCCAAAGAUCAAUAGCGAAGGCAUUGAUAAGGUACUUGGUUUCUUCAGUGCUGUACGUCUUUGCGUCGCCUUUCUCCUCUUGUUGAGAAAAUGCUCGAAGAGUCGCAUAAGACGCCUUCCGCUCUGUUGUCUCGCAAAAGGUUGUUGCAUUGGUUCACCGGAGCAUUGGUCUGUCACCUCAACCCAUGUGAAGAAAUUGGUCGAAGAGUACGUGCGUAUAGGCCUUAAUUCCUUGCGAGAGUAAAGGUAUGUAGUACCGUCGUUUGUAACACCUGUAAACUAUGCUUAAGUCUUCUGCCGGAUCCAUGUUUCUCUUCUCACUCUCGUCCUUGACCAGGGCUUUUUUCUGUAUUCGAAAGUCUGAGUCACUCGUAGCACAUUCGUUGUUCAAAGACCAUCUCUCGAUGUAACAGUGAACGUACCAUAUGACUGUUCAAUUCCUGUCUGGAUCCC